AUGUCAUACCGAGGAAGUAGCCCAGGGGAGUUCCGUGGGUAUCGCGAACAACCACGGGAUUACUCACCGGAGAGGAAUUAUGACUUUUCACCGACGAGUUACUCACCGAAGCCACGAGACCGUGAAACUGAUCGAGAUGUGUAUUAUAGAGACGAGUAUCGACCGUACCAAAUUUAUCCGAAAGACAGGAGUGAUAGACGAGAAGAACGUCGGGAUGACUCGUAUCGAACGUUUGAUGAGGAGAUGUAUUCUCCACGAAAUCGCUCUGAGAAUAGGUUUCGAGACAGAAAGAGAGAAAUGGACGAAGAUGCGGAAAGGUACUUUGAACGGAAUAAACGAAGCGAGUGGUUCAGAAAACAGUUUCACCCUAUUGAACUCAGAGAAAGAAGGUUGUUGAAGCAGAAGAGUGUACAAGCGGCUUAUGACCGAUUCAUGAAAAACAUUGUCUUUCCCGACUACUCCGAUGAAGGCUUGAAGUUGGAAGACCCAUAUGAUGGGAAACGGAUUAUGGUGAUAUCAGACCAACUGACAACAAGCGAGAGAAUGCGGGACAUAGCGCCGUUGAAGGAAAAUGUGGAGAAGGUAGUGAUAAGCGACCCGAGGUAUCGAAAGGUGAGUGUAGGGUUUGUGGUAUAUAACACGAAAGAAGCGGCGGAUGAGGCAAAGAAAAAGCAAAGUGAAGUUGAGCGCAACCAACUCACUUCCGUGCGGUCGAAAGAGCCACAGCUCAGGUUUGCGCCAAAGGAUUUUGGAGAUAAAGAACGGCUCGAUAAGGAUUGCGCACAGUUGACACAACUUGUUGAGUUAAUGGAUCAAAUCAAUGGGGUCAAAGGGAUUUCUGUGAAUAAAGUGAGUCAAUGGGACAAGUGGAGUACCCGAGAGAAGGUCGACGUGCAAAUCACUUACUUACGGAAAGUGCAUUCGUUGUGUUAUUAUUGCUUGAUUGAGUAUGCCGACGAAGAAGAGUUAUAUCGCAGAUGCACAAUGCAUUUCAGAGAGUCUGAAAAAACAAAAGAGUCACAUUUACCACCAAAGACUGUGCAUUGGUUUAAGAACUUCGAUAGCUACGAAUACUCAUUUUUCAUCUCACUAAAGGAGGAAAAUAAGUCACUUGCAUUUGAAGCACAACAAAGAAUUAUUCAGAACGUGUUCAAAGACCAAGAGUGUGUGGUAUGCAGAAAAAAGGUGGAGGACCAGGUCAAACACGCAGUCAAGUUCCACUCGAACAAAGUGUCACCGGCAGAUAUGGAUGAGAUCAACGACAGAUUCCGAAUCAACUUUUUGUCAGACCCCAAAAAGAAAGCACUCCCAAAUUAUUGA